AUGAUCGGCAAUGGUGAUAACGACGAUCAAAACUCUUCCAAUGCGUCAUUUUGGGAGUGCAGAGAAUAUCAUCGAACAGUUAAACGAGUGGAUGCUGCAAACAAACUGUGUAAUGAAUUAUGUCUUAUGAUACAGGAACGAGCAGAAUUAGAGAAGGCCUAUUCAUCCAACCUUAAGAAGUGGUCUUCUCGUUGGCUUAGUUUCCUUGAUUCCGGUCUUGAGUAUGGUUCCGGAUCCUCUCCUUGGAAAGGAUUAUGCAAGGAAGCAGAAGCUAUAUCAAAUGUCCAUCAGAGUGUACGCAACAUUCUGAUAGACGAAAUUCAAACUGGAGUUAAGCAGUGGCAAAAAGAACGCUUUCACAAAAGUUCAUUGCCUCCGCAAACGUUGAAAGAAACAAAACAAUUCGAACAAGAUUUUGAAAUGGCACAAAAACAAUGGUCUAAACGUUUGAAAAAAGUCCACACUACUAAAAAGGAGUAUUAUCAAGCUUGCAAAACAGAACGUUCACUUCAAGUUCAGGUUCAAAAUGCUAAGAGCGACCCAAGUGGUACUGUUGAACAGCUUAAGAAAGCACAAGAAAAAUUAGCUAAAACAGAAAAAGAUGUUCAACGAUUUCGUAAUGCGUAUACAAUGGCGUUGGCUGAUUUGGAUAAUGAAAGUGCACGAUAUGUUGAAGAAAUGACUAAAGUAUUUAAUCGAACACAGGAUUUUGAACGAGAACGUCUUGAUUUUUUCAAAACGACAUUUAAUAAUCUACAUAAUGCACUUAAUGUUUGUGCAAAAGUAGAUUACGAUUCUAUUUACGAUGAGUUAGCAAAGAAUAUUUCACAAUGUAAUAUUGAAGCAGACUUACAGUUAUGGUCUUCAAAUCAUGGAGUCGAUAUGCCUUUCAUUGUUCCACGUUUUGAAGAGUAUUCACCAGACCUUGCAUAUAUUACAGGUAAAAAACGUCUUACACUAACUGAUCCUAAUGCUUCUGUUACGUUAACUAAUGUGACAAUGAUUAGUCAUCCACUUGAUUAUGAGCCCAAUGUAUGCGAUGAUUCUGAAAGUAACAACGAUAAUCAUAAUAAAAAAUUGAACAAUGAUAUCGUUUCAUCAGUUAAUGGUCGAAAUUCUGUCACGAAUAAUCCUUUUGAUGAUAAAGUUUCUGCAAAUGGGAUUAAAUCCAGUGAACAUGUUAUGAGCUCAAGUUCCGCUGCUGCUGUUACUGGUGAUGAAGGCCACGAUUCUGUGUAUACUGAAGACAUUAAUGAUGUGAUGUAUGAUGAUGGCCGGCCAGGUGUAAAAGUUCGUGCACUAUAUGAAUAUAUAGCACAAGAGAAGGAUGAAAUCACCUUAGCUGUUGGUGAUGUGUUUGAAAAACUUGAUGAACCUGAUGAAAAUGGAUGGUGUAAAGGACGAAAAGAUGGUCGUGUUGGUUUCUAUCCUGCAAACUAUGUAGAAUUUAUCGACGAGAAACCUAAACAGUAA